AUGACUGCGGCACAAGAAGUAAGAUGCUCACCGCGGUUGGAAAGAAAGAGAAAGAUAUCAGAGGUAAAAUCUGAGGGUUAUCAUCAAUCCAGAAAACAUGCCGUCACCGGCAAAUGUAAGUACAAAAACAACAAGUUGAAAACUAUUCGCAGAGUCAUUACAUUGUGUUCUAACGAUACAUGUUGUGGCUUUGAGAGCUGGCAUCCUUCAAAAGAAUCGUCAUUGCUUACCGGGACUCGGCAGUUGACUUCAAUGCCAAGCUGCAAGUUGCCGAGAAAGAAAUAGGAGAAUCACCAGCCGCACUCAGGGAAGAAAUAGCACAUUUGAUAAUGGAUGUCAAGACCCGUGAUGAUGAAAUUGCGAGACUGAAGGAAAAGGCGGAGCUUGCAAGGCUGGAGCAAAGGAAUAUGGAGCUAGAAGCUGCAAGGCUCAAAGGGCUUGAAGAUUGGAGAAAACAGAUGCGGCAAAUACUAAUUGGAGGAGAAGCUAUACUAUGA